CUCCCUCGAUUCGGGGAAAGAUUACCAGAUGUAACGGCGGGGAAGGUCACUGGGCGCGAGGUGAAGCCCUGCUUGCGGCCUGGCUGCAGCUUGCAUGAUGCGGUGGGAUAGGAAUUGGAUGCACCCGGCUGCCAGGAAGGGAAGGUUAACUGAUCGCUAUCCCAUGGCGACGACCGUGCGAGCUCGUUGGCGGCCCGGCAAAUCCCAAGACAUGUUUCUCCCCGUUAUUAUCUCGCUCAGGAAUGUCUUGAUUAAUUAGGUGCUAUCGCUUAACCAGGGACUCGGUGAUAACAAGGCACAUGAUAUAUAUAUUACCCUCCCUUGCCCUGCGACUCUCUGCCUCAUUGUUGUAGGGCGUUUUACAUUCGCUACAAUGCAUCGGUACGGCAUCCGCUUCGGUUCCAUUGCCCUGGUUGUCGCGUCGGUCGUCCUGGGGAGCAACGCUGCCGACUUCGACCCCCUCCCUUAUAUCGACCAACUGAUUGGGAGCCGGAAUGGAGGGAAUAUUUUCCCAGGCGCCACGCUUCCCUAUGGAAUGGCGAAAGCUGUUGCCGAUACGACGAGCGGGAGUAACCAGGGCGGUUUCACGCUCGACGGCGCUCCUGUCUCCGGGUUCUCGGCACUGCACGACUCGGGCACCGGGGGCUCCCCGUCUCUGGGGAACUUUCCGCUAUUCCCUUACGCGAGCUGCCCCGAUGAUGAUAUCAAUCGAUGCGAUUUCCCUAAACGGACCCGUUCCCGACAAGGGCGUUUUGAUGAGAGUAAUGUUGCGGCGCGCCCCGGAUACUUUUCGAUCACGCUCGAUACUGGAGUCCGCGCCGAGAUGACAACGGCUCAACACACCGCCCUCUUUCGGUUUACGUUCCCAGCGUCAGCCCCUGGUGGAAAUGCUUCACAUCCGCUCAUUCUUCAGGACUUGACAGAUUUGUCUGACUCGCGCCAAGACAACGGCACCGUUUCCGUUGAUUCGGAAACCGGGCGGAUCACGGGGAACGCUCGCUUCCAAUCCAGUUUCAGCCAGGGAAGAUAUGUCGCCUAUUUUUGCACAGACUUUUCUGGUCGUAAAAUACUUGAUAACGGUAUCUUCGCGAAUAGUAGAGCCAGUGCGGACGUCAAGGAUCUUACCAUCUCUCGAUCAAUCAACGGGUACCCUCUCCCUGGCGGCGCCUUCGUCCGGUUUGAGUCUGAGGAUACGCCGGUGCUGGCGCGAGUCGGCCUGAGCUUCCUGAGCUCCGAACAAGCCUGUUCCAACGCCGAAUCUGAAAUCCCUGAUUUCAACUUUGACGGCGUUGAGAAGGCCGCCACAGAUGCCUGGAGGCAGAAGCUCAGUCCCAUUACGGUUUCUACGGUCGGAGUAGACGAGAAGUACCUCACGAACUUCUACAGUGGUAUAUAUAGGACGAUGGUCAACCCUCAAAACUACACCGGAGAGAACCCUCUCUGGGAUAAUGGCGAGCCAUACUUUGACUCCUUUUAUUGUCUAUGGGACAGUUUCAGGUCCCAAAUCCCGUUCCUGACAAUCACGGACCCAGGCCCGGUGGCGGAGAUGAUUCGUUCCUUGAUCGACACAUAUAAUUAUGAGGGCUGGCUUCCAGACUGUCGCAUGACGUUUUCCAAAGGCUACACGCAGGGCGGUUCAAACGCCGAUGUGGUGCUUGCCGACGCGUUUUUGAAAGGCAUCACUGAUGGCAUUGAUUGGGAUGUCGGCUAUCAAGCAGUUGUGAAAGACGCCGAAGUAGAGCCGUUUGACUGGUCAAGCAAUGGGCGCGGUGGUCUCGACAGCUGGAAGGCUCUCGGAUACAUCCCUGUCCAAGACUUCGAUUAUAAAGGGUUUGGCACCAUGACAAGAAGUAUUUCUCGUACACUGGAGUACAGCUACAACGAUUUCACCAUCGCUCAGAUGGCCCGGAAGAGGGCAAACGCCGGCGACGAAGAGAAAUACCUCCGUUCCAGCGAGAACUGGAAAAAUAUAUUCAAGGCAGACCAGACUUCGAAGUUCGCUACAGGCGUCGAUACCGGUUUUGUUGGGUUCUUCCAGCCGAAGCACUUGAAUAGCACUUGGCACUUUCAAGAUCCCCUGGCCUGCAGCAAUAUCGACAAUGCCGGUUCAAUUUGUUCACUUCAGAACACCGCUUCCGAAACCUUUGAGAGUAGCAUCUGGGAGUACGGCUUCUUCGUGCCACACAAUCAAGGGGACCUGGUCACCUUGUACGGUGGUCCGGCGGAAUUCGUUCGCCGUCUAGAUUUCCUACAUGAUAGCAACAUCACAUAUAUUGGCAAUGAGCCUGCUUUCCUUACCGUCUUUCAGUACCACUAUGCCGGCCGGCCUGCCUUGUCCGCUCGCCGCGCACAUUUCUACAUCCCUCGGUACUUUGACACGACGCCCGAGGGCUUGCCUGGCAACGACGACAGCGGUGCGAUGGGUUCCUUCGUGGCGUUCUCGAUGAUGGGGCUGUUCCCGAACCCGGGACAAGAUGUUUACCUGAUCACGCCGCCGUUCUUCGAGAGUGUGAACAUCACCAGUCCGCUGACGGGCAAGACGGCGACGAUCCGCAACGUCAACUUCGACCCGGCGUACGAAGCCAUCUACAUCCAGAGCGCUACGCUCGACGGCGAGCCCUAUACGCGUAGCUGGAUCGACCACAGCUUUUUUACCGACGGCCAGGAGCUCGUCCUCACGCUCGGCCGUAACGAGAGCGCCUGGGGCACAGCCGUGGCCGACCUGCCGCCGAGCCUCGGCGAAUAUGUCGGCUUCAACGGGACACUCGCCGCGAGGGCUAGGAGGGCGCCGUCGCCGCCGAACGUCGCGCCGAGGUACGCGCCGAGUUUCGGAAGAGCUAGCUUCGGACUCAAUUAAUAUUCCGUACGAUAGCUUGUGAAUCAUCCUCACCUAGGGCCGCCUACCUUUAUCACGGUAUUGGUCUUAGUCUUAGCGGUAGCGGUAGCAGCAGCAGCAGCAGCAGGUGUUGUAAUCAAGAGUAUCGAUACGUGACCUACACAGUAGUCGUGGUUCUUCUGGGUGAAAAUUUCCCUCAGCUAGCGACAACUCUGCUUCCCGACGACGUGGGUAUCUACCCUGGUCCGCCCCCCUCGGCGUCGAACGAGACGGUCGGUAUACUUAUUUGCUAUUGACCAGUACGCCACACCAGGUGCCCUGCUAGCCCGAGAGGCGGGGGAGAACUGCGCCGCACUUCGCAACCUUCCCGUGAGCUCUCGCACUGUGACCCC